GCUCUGUGAUCCGCGCAACCGAUCGGCCGGCCAAGCCGCGAAGCGCCCUGGGGUCUCCUUCCAGAACCCUACGCAACCGCAGGAGCGGGACUCGCGGCCGGGGGCUGCCCCACCAUGCCAGCACACCUUACGAUAAAGGCCUGCGGCCAGUGAACGACGAUACAUCACGAAGGGCGACCCGCGACCGGAGUAGGAUGGAGGAGAGAGUGAGAGCGGCGGUCCGCCUGCUGCCGCUGCCCCCGGAGGCCUUCCGGAGUCUUAGAGUGGAAGAAAACGACGUCAUAAUAAAGGCGCGCCACGGCCAGGACGCGUCGCUGACGCAUGCUAUGGACCAGGUCUUCCCCGAAGACUGCUCGCAGGGCGACGUCUACGACUGGGUCGCGCCGGCCGUCGAGGACGUGGCACGCAAGGGCGUCAACACCCUGUGUGGAAAUCGACCAGUGAGCAUGGCGUGGGGCGCCCGAAAUUCGAUUUCCACACAGGUCAACGCGACGGUCAUGGCCUACGGCCAGACCGGCACGGGCAAGACCUUCACGAUGCUCGGCGCGCCGGCAGCGCCCGAGGCCGGCCAGUUACCGGGAGAUGCGGGCGUCAUCCCGCGCGCGGCGGCGUCGCUCUUCGAGGCCCUGGCGACGGGCUCUGCCGACGGCACGAUCGUGCGCGCGACGGCCCACUGUUCCUACCUCCAGAUCUACGGGGACCGCGUCCAGGAUUUGUUGGUGCCGGACCCCUCGAAGGCGCCGGCGCUCCAGGUGCGCGAGGCGCCCUCGAACCUAGGAUCCAAGGGCGCAGUCUUCGUGCGCGGGCUCUCGGAGUACCAGGUCGCAUCAGCGGCGGAUGUACUCACCAGUGCAUAAAUCAAAUUGUCGAGGCGCGUCUCAGCCACUACUGAUACAUGACCUCCAUGCCCGCCGGACGCGAUUCUCAACGGUGGGGAAGUAGCCAGAUCCUUUCGUACUUUGUACGUACGGCUGGUAAUUGCUACGAGACGCUCCCUGUGUCAGUGGAUGAGCGCCUCGGGUCGUCGCCGUGGUUCGCCGAAUCAUGACCUCCACGCCAUCGACGCGACGCCUGCUCGACGGCGUGGCCGUGCGGUCUCUCACCGCUCGAUUCAGCCAGAGCGGCCGCGGUAUCGCCGUGAACUCCGACUCACUGGUUGAUUUGCGCACAGGUGCUCGCGCUCGUCGCGCGUGGCACGAAAGGCCGCGCCACGCGCGCCACGCGGUCAAACGAGCACUCGUCGCGAAGCCACGCCGUGCUGCAGCUCGCGCUCGAGGUCGAGUCCGUGGAGAAGGGCAACGACGAGAAUAACGACCCGGCGCGAUGGAGCCAGUUUGCUGCCUCCGACGUGCCGCCGUCCACGGCCCAGACGCCGGGCACGGCCGGUACGCGCACGGUGGUUCGUCGCGCGAAGCUCUCGCUCGUGGACCUGGCUGGUUCUGAGAAGUGGUCCGACGCUGUGCGGAAAUCAACCAGUGAGCUAGGUUAUCGGAGACUUUCGUCAACAUCCACGCCAUCGAGCCGCUAGUUACGGAGGCAACGUCGCGUCGAUGGCGUUUAAUCUCCACUCCAUUGAGCAGACGCAGUCACGGGAACGACAUCGAGUCGAUGGCGUGGGGCGCUCGAAAUUUGAUUUUCACAUAGGUCCGACGAGGUCGCCGCAUCUCAGCAAUUCGCUCGCGAGCUCCGGGCGAUCAACACGUCGCUGAGCGCUUUAGGAAAUUGUAUCGCAGCGCUCGCGGAUCUGGCGACGGAGGCUCAUCGGGGCGGAGGCCACGUUCCUUAUAGAGAUUCGGUGCUGACACGGUUGCUGCAGGACGCGCUCGGGGGCGGAACGCGCGCCGUAGUCAUCGCGACGGCGUCGGCGGCCCAGGACGCCUACGACGAGACGGCGUCCACAUUAGCAUUUGCUCAGCGCGCCACGCGCGUCACGGCGCGGCUCCGCCUCGACCUGUGUGGAAAUCAAGCAGUGGGUUAGGUUGUUGAGAUCUUCGUGAACCUCUACGCCAUCGAGCUGCCCAGUUACGGUGUGACAAUGUCGCGUCGAUGGCGUGGAGAGCAGACGCAGUCAUUGGAACGACGUCGCGUCGAUGGCGUGGGGCGCCUGAAAUUUGAUUUCCACACAGGCGUCGACGAGGUCAUCGACGAUAGCCGUCGCCUCGUCAAAGCGAAGCGAGAGAUUGCGCGCCUGCGCAAGCGACUCCAAGCCGCGGAGCAACGAGCACGGACGCCGUCACCGAGUCCGGUGAGACGGCCGGGGCGGCCUACGAAGCCGGACCCCUUCGAGGCGGCAGCGGCCGCGGCAGUCGAGCGCGCCGAGCGCGCAGAGGCACGUGCACGGCAGUGCAAUAAUCAAAUUUCGCGGCACUUUUCACGGCUCAAUUAUGACCUCCAUACCAUCGCCACGACGCCUGCUCGACGGCGUGGCGAUGCCGGUUCCUCGCUGCUCGACCGAGCCAGCACGGCCGCGUCAUCGCCGAGAAAUGACUGGUGAAGAAUUAUCGGGUGCACCCGACGCACUGAUUUCCGCACAGGUGCGCGGACGCUCGAGGGGCGAGCCACGGCCGCAGAGGAGCGGGCUGAGAUGGCCGAGCUCGCGGCGCAGCGACUGUUCCACUCUCCCCCCAAAGGCAAGGCCUGGCUCCGCGGGCGGCCCGCGCCCACAGGUCCAUCGCCCCCCAAGCGACCGCCGCCCGCCGUGCCGCCGCCCCAGCGCGCCCCGAAAAAUGCGCCGGCGCGCCCCCAGCGGCCCGCCCCGCGCCCGAGCUUCGCCGUGUCCACGCCGGGCGUCGCCGACGGCGGCAACGCGCCGCGGUCGCUGCCGAAGAAGCGCAGCCCCGACGACCGUCACACCGGGGCCUCUGCAGCGCGGCUGGCCUCCAUACUGCUCGAGCGGGAGGCGCGGGGCACGCCCCUCCGGUUCUACUUCAGCAACGUCGGCGACGCACCGCUCACGGCGGAGGAGCUCUGGGCGGCGCUCAAGCGGGGCAGCGGCACGCAGGGCCUCACGCGGGCCGACGUCUGGCGCGUCUGCGAGACCAUGGACGGCGACGGCGACGGCCGCGUCUCACGGCGCGAGCUCGAGCGGUUCUGCGACCGCUACCGCGGCUCGCCGCCGCCGCGGCCCGCGCGGGCGCCGCCCCCGCCGCCGUCGGCCGGGCCCGAGGCGGCGCGGCUGCAGGCGCUCCUCGACGCCUGCGAGGCCGCCGGCGUGCGGCUGCGGCGCGCGCUGGACGCGGCGUCCGGCCGGCGGCCCGUGACGGCCGCCGAGCUGCACCGCGGCCUGCGGCGCUGCGGCGGGUCCUUUUCGGACGUGACGCGGCGCGACGCGGACGCGCUGCUGGCGGCGCUCGCGCCGACGGGCGCCCUGACGGCCGACGAGGUCGCGGAGCGCGUCGCGCGCGCGCGGACCCGCCUCUCGACGGCGUCGCGCGGGCCGCCGACGCCGUCGUCGGUCGACUCGCGCACGGACUACGAGUACGACGUCGAAAGCGACGACGCCUACGCCACGUCGCGGCGCUCGAGCCGCGGCUCGCUCUCGAGCCGCGGCUCGUCGCUCGACGACCUCGGGCUCGAGUCGAGCCGCCCCCCGUCGUCGGACUUUGGGCCGAGCCGGCCCGAGUCGACGCGCACCGCGCGGAGCGUGUCCUUCGCCGCCGACGCCGACGCGGCGACGCCGCGGCGGACCGGCGAGCGGACGCCCAAGACGCCGGCGUCGCCGACGCGCCAGGUCACGUUCCGCGCGGACGCGCGCACGCCGCCGAGCCAGAAGCGGCGGCGCGGGCCGCUCCGCAAGUCGACGCCCCGCCACCGCGCGCCGACGCCCGAGGCCGGCGACGACGCCGACGACGAGCGGUUCCGGCCGCGGCCGACGCCGACGAAGAAGGCGGAGCCGGGCUUCUGGGACGACGCCGACGAGGUGCCGCCGGGGCUCGCGACGCCGCCGAUCGACGACGACGUCGACGGCAUCCUCGAGCGUUACAUCUCGCCGUCGCGGGAUUCGCCCCGCCUGGCACCGCCGCCGUCGCUUACGCGGAGGCGCGCCGACAAAACGGACACGAUGCGGCCGGCGCCGGUGCGGCCGGCGUCGCCGCCGCCGGAGUCGCCCGUCUCGACGCCGCGGAACUCGCCCCAGGCGUCGCCGCCGCGGCCGCGCGUCACGCCGGCGAAGCGGUUCUCGCCGCCGCGGCUCCGCAACACGACGCCCGACGCCCCGCGGUCCCGCAAGACGUCGGAUCGGUCGCCCGCGGCGGCGGCGCGCCGCGGGCGGCCGCUGCCUGCUGAGCCCGCGCGAGGUGCGGGGAGGCGCGAGGCCGAGCCCGCGCGUGCUGGCCGGAGGCCGCCGCCUACCAAAGAGCGAUCACCCGCGCGCUCCGCAGAGAGACGGGAACCCGCCGAAGAUCGAUCGCCCGCGCGCUCUGCGGGAAGGCGGGAGCCAGCCAAGGUGCGGUCACCCCAGCGCGCUGCGGGGAGGACACCGCGCGCUGCCGGAAGGCGGGAGCCCGAGGAGGUGCGGUCCCCCGCGCGUGCUGCCGGGAGGACGCCGCGGGCUGCCGGGAAACGGGAGCCCGCCGAGGCGCGGUCGCCCGCGCGCUCUGCGGGAAGGAGGGAGCCAGCCGAGGCGCGGUCGCCCGCGCGUGCCGCAGAGAGACGAAAGCCUGCCAAAGAUCGAUCGCCCGCACGCUCUGCGGGAAGACGGGAGCCCGUCGAGGCGCCGUCGCCCCAGCGCGCUGCGAGGAGUACACCACGCGCUCGAGGAGGACGGGAGCCCGCCGAGACGCGGUCGCCCGCGCGCUCUCAAGAGAGACGGGAGCCUGCCAAAGCGCGAUCACCUGCGCGCUCCGUAGAAAGACGAGAGCCGGCCGAGGUGCGGUCGCCCGCGCGCUCUCAAGAGAGGCGGGAGCCCGCCAAAGCGCGAUCCCCGCCCGCGCGCUCUGCAGAAAGACGGGAGCCAGCCAAGGUGCGGUCGCCCGCACGCUCUGCGGAAAGGCGAGAGCCGGCCGCAGCACGGUCGCCUGCGACGCCGCUAGCAAGGCAGGAGCCCGAGGAGCCUUGGUCGCCCGAGGCGGCCGCGUACGAAGCGCGGCUGGCCGAGCUCCAGCGGGAGCGUCAGCGCGCGGAACGCGAGAAGGCGCGGGCCGAGGCCGAGGCCUACUCGACCGCCGCGACGCGGCUGCAGGCGGCGGAACGCGGCCGCGGCGCCAAGCGGCGGGCCCGGGAAGCGGCCGACGCGCGCGCCGAGGAGGCGGCGGCCCGCGACGCCGCGGCCGCGCGCCUGCAGGCCGCCGAGCGCGGCCGGACGGCCAAGCUCGAAACGCGGCGGCGGCGCCGGCGGGUCGAGGAGCUCGGCAGGGGCGCCGCGCGCGUCGCCGCAAAGGCCGAGGCGGCCGUCGCCCGGGCCGCGGAGGCCCAGGCCGAGGAAGCAGCCGCCUCGCCGGCCCGCGCGCUGCUCCGGGAGUCGCGCGCGUCGCGCGGGUCGCGCGGGUCGCCCGCGCGGAAGGACGACGCGCGCGGCGGCGACACAGCGCGGACGCCCGCGCGGAAGGACCGGAGCCCGUCCGCGUCGUCGGGCCGCGCCGCGCGACGCCGCCGCGAGGCGACGCCGGGCGAGGUGUCGUCGGCCGAGUCGCUCGAGGGCUCCGACCCGCGCGUCGCGACGCUCCGGGCCCGGCCGGCGGCGAGCCCGCCCAAGCCCUCCGCCGUCGCGAGCUACCUCGCGCAGCCGGCGCCGACGGCCCCGGCGGCGCCGACGCAGCAAGCGCCGAAGCCCGCGGGCGCCGCGUGCGACCGCCACGGCCUCAAGGACUGCUUCCUCUGCUCCCUGCAGGGCGCGAGCCUGACGUCGCCGCUGCCCGCGCCGCGGCCGGGCUGCGCCGUCCACGGCGUCGCGGACUGCCCCGUCUGCGGCGUCCGCGGCGGCAUCGCGCUGCCCGUCGCGGCCGCGACGACCGCGGCCCCGGCGUCGCCGGAGCCCUGCGCGCGCCACGGCCUCGCGAGCUGCUUCCUGUGCUCCCUGCGCGAGCGGGGCGUCGGCGCCGCGCCGGCGACUCUGGACCGGCCGCCCGAGCUCGCGCUCGGCGGCGCCGCGGGCGCGAACCGCUUCGUGCGCGGGCCGGCGUCGUACUACGCGCCGCUGCUCUCGGCGACGACGCCCGCGCGGCGCACCGAGCCGGCGCGAGAGCCGCCGCGGAGCGAGCCCCGGCCGGCGCCGCCGCGCGAUCCGGUCUUCGCGCCGCGCGACCCCGACCGCGGACCCUGGCACAGCCCCGAGGCGCGGCCCAUGCGAGUCCGCCCGGCCGUGGCCCCGAAGCGCUACGACGACGACGACUACGACGACGAGCCGGUCGUCCAAGAGCCGAGGCGCCCUUCGGAGCCGCGCAGGAACGCUGGCAAACGUAAGCCGCGCCGCGCGGCCGGCCCCUACGGGUCGUCGUCGCGGCCGGCGCCGCGGCGCAAGACAAAGACGGCGGCGCCCGUCGUCCCGGCGCGCGCGCCGCGGAAGUCCCGCAACGCCGCGGCGGGCCCGCCGGGCGCGUCUGACGCGCUCCGGGCGGCGAAGCAGGCGCUCCGCGGGCAGCCGCGGCCGGAGUUUAAUUCAAGAUUGUGAUGGACAUGUUGUUUAUAAUGAGGAGGUUGGGGGU